CAACAUUGGAAACAUUGCCCGUGCAGGACCAAGACAACCGCACAAAAGCUGGUUGUUUCAAGUUUCUUCGUCGCAGCCAAUCGUAGCCAUCCGUGACCUGUGUCUCCAGCAUGUCGACCGCUGCUACACUGCCCGGUCCGGUCAGCCGGUCAAACACGGAGGAGAUUUCUGUCAGCAAUUACUGUCAGGUUCCCUUCAGCGCUCAUAGUGCCCGCACUUUGAUCAAAAGUAGCCCACGCUUCGGAACCAUGAGUCACCAUUCGUUCUUCUCCAGGCACAACCCGCACCCUAAUCGGGUCACACAUAUCCAAGGGCUUAACGGGAAUCUGGUGUGCACGGUGAGAGAUGACUGGGGUGUCACCACGUCAUUGUUCCCUCAUCCACUCAUCAAAAGCCAAACUGGUUUCAGGGCCUGCCCUCUGCCGCUGGGUCCCCUAAGUCCAUAUGGGAGUUGUAGUCAUCAGAGCAAACCAGGACUUUUGCCGGAGGCCUGGAGGGAGGAGCUUAAAGAAUUGGCUGUGAAGGUCAAUCUGGCCUCUAGAGCAAAGAACACAUUGAAGCCACCGAUGGACGAACCGGCCCGCAGAAAGACCCAGUACUCGGCUCGGACCGGGAGGAUAAUCCCUCCCUCCGCCCAGGCCUACCAGCGCAGGACCUCCACCCAGAGACAGGCUCACCAUGCUCAGCCGCUCUACGACCAAGAGCUGCUGGUGCUGGAGGUGCUGAGUCAGAUCCUGCAGACGGACUCCUUAUCUCAGGUCCAGAGGUGGCUUCUGCUGGCGGGCCAGAGAGAGAAGGACCUAGUGAUGGGCAUGAUCCAGCAGGCCAUG